GGUACGAGAUUGACCCCAAGUCCCACGCCGUGGACUGGGACAUCGAGGAUGCUGUGAACCGCUACGUGCAGCCUGUCCUGGACAAACUGAGCUUGGUGGCCAACUUCUCUGUUGACUCGCAGAUCCUGUACUAUGCCGUCCUAGGAGUGACACCACGCUUUGACAAGGAGUCCUCCAGCUUCCUUCUGAGUGCUCACAGCCUCCCACACGUCAUCAACCCCGUGGAGGCCCGGCUGGGCUCCAGUGCUGCCUCGCUCUACCCUGUGCUGAACUUCCUGCUGUACGUGCCGGAGCGCUCCCACUCCCCUCUCUACAUCCAGGACAAGGAUGGAGCCCCAGUGAGCACCAACGCCUUCCACAGUCCUCGCUGGGGCGGCAUCAUGAUUUACAACGUUGAAGCCCCUGCUUCACCUGAAGCCUCCCUCCCGUUGCACGUAGAUGUGGACAUGGUGCGAGUGAUGGAGGUUUUCCUGGCCCAGCUCCGGUUACUCUUUGGGUUAUCACGGGAAGAACUGCCCCCUGAGUUCCUGCUGGAAAGCCCUGGGAAUGAGGGGCUGGCUGACUGGGAGCUGGACCGCCUGCUCUGGGCCCACACUGUGGAGAACAUUGCCACUGUGUCCACUACCUUGACCUCGUUAGCCCAGCUCCUGGACAAGAUCGGGAACAUCGUCAUCAAAGAUGAUGUUGCCUCUGAGGUGUACCGAGCAGUGGCCUCAGCCCAGAGCGCCCUGGCCGAGCUGGCUGCAGGCCACCUGCACUUGGCUUUCAAGGCCAGCAAGGAGGCAGUCACCUCCUCGGAGAAGGCUUUCUUUGACCCAUCUCUUCUCCAUCUCCUCUACUUCCCUGAUGACCAGAUUCUCCUCUCCUUGGCCAAGAUCGCCCGGGAGGCCAGGCAGCGAAAGAAGGAGCCCACCAAGAUGGACUGA